AUGAGUAUCGGAUUUGUAACAGCUUCGGGGAAAGGCGUAACGGUGAGCGAGAAAGCACUUCAGAAGGCGCGUCAUUUCUUCGAACUUCUCGACAACGAUGGCAAUGACAGUUUUAUUCGGACCACUGCUGGAAAUACUGAUAAGGCUCAUUGUAGUAAUGUGGAAAAUGGUGAUUCGGUGCUACUUACUUCCCCUUUGAGCGCUACACGACAAAAUUCCAAGCGGAUCUCGUCAACAUUCAAAUCUCCUGUGAUCAAGAAUCCACGUCUUGACAACGAUUCUGUCUGCGGUGAAAGUGGAAAUGUUACUCCGAUCAAGUUGUUGACACCAUAUUGCAAGAACUGGCGGUUGUGCAUCAAAAUGAGAUGUGUUCGAGGUCAGCAAAUAUUCUCAUUUCUAGCGGUGGAUGAUGGCGGUGUCGAAAUUCGUGUUUCUGCUUUUGGUGACACUGCGUACAAAACUGCUGCUUUAAUUUCCCCGGAACAGAUGUAUUAUAUUACUCGUGCAUCGGUAAAAAUGGUAAGCAGGAGAUAUAGUCGUAAGGAACACGAUAUGGAGAUUGUACUUCGACCAGAUAGUGAGAUCACAAAAUGCAUGGAUCGGCCUCACAUUUUGUCGCCGAAAGUGAAUUUUGAGUUCGUACGCAUCCACAAUUUGCAAAGUUUUAUAGAUACAGAAAUAGAUGUGUUGGGAACUGUAAUUAGUGUUGGUGAAAUGAAGCAAUUGAAAUCAAGAACUGGCGAAGAACUACAAAAACGGGAAAUACAGAUCGUUGAUGAUAGUGGUUAUUAUGUUACAAUAAGUCUUUGGGGACACAAAGCAAAAAUAUUUCCGAGCGAACAAUAUCAACAUGUACUGGCUGCCAAAGGGUUGCUUGUGCGUUGUUUUCAAGGAACGAUAUCCUUAGUUUCAAUGACAUCUAGUAAAUUGUUACACGAUCCACAUUUUCCCGAAGCCGAUGCACUUCAAGUUUGGUACAAUGAAAACAAGGACAAGACUUUCAAACCUGCAUCAGUGAAUCAGGUCUCGUCAUUUCACGAGCAUAGAUGGAUCAAGGAGUUAAAAUCCUCGCUAAAUGGUCACUUUUUCAACUUAACUGCAAUGAUUUCUUCUAUUUUUACAGAAAAUGCUGUAUACAAGGGUUGCCUGACUUGUAAAAAAAAGUUGCUGGUCGAAAAGGAUGGCGAUCUGUAUAUCUGUUCAAAAUGUGGUAUUUCUAACGAAUAUAAAUAUUAUUAUACUUUACAUAUGGAAUUAUUCGAUUUUACGGGAACUGUUUAUGUGACUGCAUUUGAUGAUUGUGCACAGAAAUUGGUAGGGGAGCAAGCAGAUGAAGUUGCUAAAUUCCUGAAAUUUGAUAAUGAGCGGUAUCAAUUAUCUUUCAAAAGUGUACUUUUUAAACCAUAUAUGUUUCGAGUCGGUGCACAAAGAAGAGGAAGCUCUGAUCAGUCGGCAGCUCCAACUAAAACAAAGGAAGUUUAUUUCUGGUCGAUAAAGGAUUUGAUCCCUAUGCCCUUCGAUAGCUAUUGUACAUUUUUGCAACGCACGGUUGAACAUGCUAGCCCUGGAGUAUCUGCAGAAAAAUAA